AGCUGCAAUAACCAAGCCUUGACAUUGCAAAGAUGGAGGCUGUUAUAGUUUAGACCAGGAUAUACAGAAAGCAAAAACUGCGAGUUUCAGAGCUCUGUUAUGACAUCAUUUCCAGCUGGUCAAGGUGGAGGCAGGAGGUGUGAGUAGAGUGCAGUAGACAUCAGCAGCAUGUACUCCGAGUGGCGCUCGUUGCAGUUGGUGGUGCAGAGUGACCAGGGCCACCUAAGUGUUUUGCACACCUAUCCCCCAAGUGUGGGCACAGAGGUGGCAAAUGCUGUGGUCAAACCUCUGGGCACAGCUGUAAGCCCGGUUGCCACAGAGAACAUCCUCAAAACAGACAAAGAGGUGAAAUGGACUAUGGAGGUGCUCUGUUAUGGCCUGACCCUCCCCUUAGAGGGGGACACUGUCAAGCUGUGUGUGGACGUGUACACAGACUGGAUGAUGGCCCUGGUGUCGCCUAGGGACUCGAUGCCCCAGCCUGUGGUGAAGGAGCCCAACAUGUAUGUCCAGACUAUUCUAAAGCAUCUCUACAACGUCUUUGUACCAAGGCCUGAGCAGCAUAGUCUGAACCACAUCAGGCUUUGCCAGCAGGUUCUGACUGCAGUCCAGAAGCUGGCACGAGAGUCCGUUUCCAUGGUGAGAGAGACCUGGGAGGUGCUGCUGCUCUUCCUUCUUCGCAUCAAUGACACCUUGCUCGCACCGCCCACAGUUGGAGUGGGGGUAGCUGAGAAACUGGCAGAGAAACUGAUGGCAGUGUUGUUUGAGGUGUGGCUGCUGGCGUGUGCCCGCUGCUUUCCCACGCCGCCAUAUUGGAAGACAGCAAGGGAGAUGCUGGCCAAUUGGAGACAUCAUCCUCCUGUUGUAGAGCAGUGGAGCAGAGUAGCCUGUGCUUUGACCUCCAGACUCCUGCGGUUUACUCAUGGACCAUCCUUCCCACCUUUUAAAGUUCCCGAUGAGGAUGCCAAUUUGAUUCCUUUAGAGAUGGACAAUGAUUGCGUGGCCCAGACGUGGUACCGCUUUCUACACAUGCUCAGCAACCCAGUGGACCUGAGCAACCCCGCAGUAGUAAGCACCACUCCAAAGUUUCAGGAACAGUUUCUCAAUUCGAGCGGCAUACCCCAUGAAGUGGUGUUGCAUCCAUGUUUGAAACAACUACCCCAGAUCUUCUUCAGGGCCAUGCGGGGUGUCAGCUGCUUGGUGGAUGCCUUCUUGGGCAUAUCACGUCCCAGGGCUGACAGUGCCCCGCCCACUCCAGUCAACAGAAUUAGCAUGUCGCCGCCGCCCUCAAUCACCAACACCACGCCUCCUCAUAGCCGCAAGCAGCGCCACACGGUGGUCACCAAAACUACAAGCAAGAGUUCAGCUGGGAGUGGUGGUCAGCCAAACAAAGCAUCGCAGCAGCAACAGCAGCAGCAGCAGCAGACUUCGUCCUCCCCAACCCUUCUUUCCAGCCCCAACCAGAGCAGUUGGGAGUCUCGGCCCCUGCCAGCCCCAGCACGACCGAAGGUCAACAGCAUCCUCAACCUGUUCGGCCAGUGGCUUUUCGACGCUGCUCUCGUCCACUGUAAGCUCCACAGCGGCCUCAGCCGAGACCCCAGCAUGACGGCCUCUUUUAUCCAAAUUCUCCUUUCUUAUAAAUCUUCGAUAGCCACUCAAGUGUCCUUGGAGCUGAGGAGGAAGGGUUCCCAAAUGUCCACUGACUCUAUGGUGAACAACCCAAUGUUUGAUGCCAAUGAGUUCCCAGAGAGCUAUGAAGCAGGACGGGCUGAGGCCUGUGGGACUCUGUGUCGCAUCUUCUGUAGCAAAAAAACUGGAGAGGAGAUUCUACCAGUUUACCUGUCGAGGUUCUACAUGGUCCUGAUUCAGGGUCUGCAGAUUUCUGAUUUCAUCUGUAGACCAGUUUUGGCUUCUAUCAUUCUCAACUCUUCCUCUCUCUUCUGUACUGACCUAAAGGGCAUCAAUGUGGUGGUGCCCUACUUCAUAGCUGCGCUGGAGACCAUUGUGCCAGACAGGGAACUGUCCAAAUUUAAGAUGUAUGUAAAUCCUACUGAUCUGAGGAGAGCCUCCAUCAACAUCCUGCUUGCUAUGCUCCCACUGCCACAUCACUUUGGCAACAUCAAAUCAGAGGUUCUGUUGGAGGGCAAAUUUAACGAGGAAGAUGGCUGGCCUCAUGACCAGCCUGUGUCUUUCCUUUCACUGAGGCUGCGUCUUGUCAAUGUCCUCAUAGGAGCUCUGCAGACAGAGACUGACCCCACCAACACACAGCUCAUACUGGGUGCAAUGCUAAAUAUUGUUCAAGACUCAGCUUUAUUAGAGUCCAUAGGCGCCCAGACUGAAACAGGGAGCAUAGAUGGCAGCCAUUCAACCCUGAGGAGUCAGAGUCACAGCCGUACCAACAGUGGCAUCAGCUUCAACAGUGGAGGCAGCACAGAGGCCACCAGCCCAGACUCUGAACGCCCUGCACAGGCACUGCUCCGUGACUAUGCUCUUCCAGAUACUGCGGCAGGCCUGCUGGUGCGCAGCAUCCACCUGGUCACUCAGAGGCUCAACUCCCAGUGGAGGCAAGACAUGAGCAUUUCACUCGCUGCCCUGGAACUGCUGGCUGGGCUGGCCAAGGUGAAGGUGGGGGUCGACUCUGCAGACCGUAAACGUGCUGUCAGCUCGAUAUGUGGUUACAUUGUGUUCCAGUGUAGCCGUCCAGCUCCUCUUCAAUCCAGAGACCUCCACUCCAUGAUUGUAGCUGCCUUCCAGUUCCUGUGUGUGUGGCUCACAGAACACCCUGACAUGUUAGAUGAGAAAGACUGUUUGGUUGAGGUUUUGGAAAUUGUGGAGUUGGGAAUCUCAGGCAGUAAGUCCCGUCAGGAGCAAGAGGUUCGACAUAAAGGGGAGAAGGAGCACAACCCGGCUUCCAUGAGAGUGAAGGACGCUGCUGAGGCAACUUUGUCCUGUAUCAUGCAGGUGUUAGGGGCCUUCCCAUCUCCCAGUGGGCCUGCGUCUACUUGCAGCCUGCUGAAUGAAGAUACUUUGAUUCGCUAUGCCAGACUCAGUGCCACAGGAGCCAGUAACUUCCGUUACUUUGUCCUGGACAACUCUGUCAUCCUUGCAAUGCUGGAGCAACCUCUUGGCAAUGAGCAAAACCCCAGUCCUUCUGUGACAGUUUUGAUCCGGGGAACGGCUGGUCGACAUGCCUGGACCAUGCAGCUCUUCCAUCAGCCGAGAGGGGCCAGGGCUAAUCAGAGGCAGGUGUUUGUUCCUGAAGGCCGUCCAGCACCCAACAAUGAUGUGGGGAUUAAGUACAAUGUGAAACAGAGGCCCUUCCCUGAGGAGGUGGAUAAGAUCCCUCUUGUCAAAGCUGAUGUCAGUAUCCCUGACCUGGAUGACAUUGUUAGUAAGGAGCUGGAAGUUCAGCACGACAAGCUUCGUAAUCUGAUGACCAAGCAGAUAGAGUAUGAGAACGCCUUGGAGCGACACAGUGAGGAAAUCUGGAAGUCCACUCCUUUUCCUGACCCACAGACAGACUGCAAACCCCCUCCACCCUCACAGGAGUUCCAGACAGCACGUCUCCUCCUCUCCCACCUUGGCUUCUUGUCUCUGGAGGCACUUAAGGAACCCAACAACAGUCGUCUACCUCCUCACCUGAUUGCCCUGGAGUCAUCCUUGCCAGGAUUUUUUGAUGACAUCAGCUACCUGGACCUGCUUCCCUGCCGACCUUUUGACACGGUCUUUAUUUUCUAUGUGAAACCUGGACAGAAAAGCAGUCAUGAGAUCCUAAGGAAUGUAGAGUCUUCGGCCAGCGUCCAGCCCCACUUCUUGGAGUUCCUGUUAUCCUUGGGCUGGCCUGUGGAUGUGGGACGCCACCCAGGCUGGACAGGACACUUGGACACCAGCUGGUCUGUGAAUUACUGCUCUGAUAGCAAUGAUGUACAAGCAGAGGAAGCGGGUACACCGGAGGACACUGGUGGUUCGGUGUUCAACGGAGAGAAGAAAGUUUUGUACUAUGCUGAUGCUCUGACAGAAAUCGCCUUUGUGGUUCCUUCUCUAACAGAACACUCAGAGGAGUCUUCAGUGCACAGUGACUCCACGGUGGAGGCAGACACCAACUCAGAACUCAUGCCCGGUAUGCUCAAACAACCCAAUCUCACACUGGAACUGUUCCCCAACCAUUCUGAAAGCAUGGAGUCCGCUAAAAAGCUGAGUCCUUUAGUGAAGGCAAAGAGGUCAUCGACUGGAAAAUCCUUCCCCCAACUGGGGCCUGAAACAAAGGCGUUUGUGGUCUGGGUGGAGCGCUUUGAUGAUAUUGAGAACUUCCCUUUGACCGACCUUUUAGCGGAAACCAGCACAGGCUUGGAAGCUAGCAUGAGCAACAGCACUUCCUGCAGGUCGGGGUUACUAGAAAAAGACGUUCCUUUGAUCUUCAUCCACCCUCUGAAGACGGGACUCUUCAGGAUCCGCUUGCAUGGUGCUGUGGGUAAAUUUGGCAUGGUGAUUCCUCUGGUGGACGGCAUGGUGGUCAGCCGCAGAGCUCUUGGGUUCCUCGUGCGCCAAACGGUCAUCAACGUAUGCCGACGGAAGCGCCUGGAGAGCGACUUGUACAACCCUCCUCACGUGAGGCGGAAGCAGAAAAUAACCGAAAUUGUGCAGCGUUACCGCAACAAACAACUGGAGCCCGAGUUUUACACCUCGCUCUUCCAUGAGGUGGGGGAGGGAAAGCCUCACCUCUAACCCUCCCCCCUCUCCCCCGUGUCCUGUCCUAACACUGGCACACAAGCGCACACAACAAUACACACAUGCACGCACACACCCCCGUUAUUCUGUACUCAUAAACCACCUACAACUGUGCUUGUACACACACACAGACACACACAUGCACACACAGAAUCUUUAUAUUUAUACUGUAUAAUUUUGUUAUUUAUAUGAAUACAUAUAUCAACACUGUUUGCCUUUGACUCUUAGAUCAAAGUGUCAAAAACCAUGCCAAGGUGGGAAAAAACAAACGACAUUUCUGUGUUGCGGCUACUCACUGAAGAUCUGAACAGCUGAAGUUCAACAGUGAACGUUGCUCCUCGUUUUUAGGUUCACGCUUUGUGGCAAAACAAUUUCUGCUUGUCUUUAACUGCAAUACAGUAGUUACACUGUUGGCCUUUCUGAACUUGUAAAAAGUUUGUCCGUCGAACCUUGUAAUAUGAAUGAACUUCAAGAGGUUUGGUAAUACAGAGUUGUGUCCAAAAUCCAGAUCUGCUCAUCUGUUUUUGUUUCUAACAGAUUUAUGUUUGGAUUAUUAUUAUCAUUUUUUUUGCCAAGGAGAUAAACAUCUUGUAUCCACCUUAAAAUGUCGUAAACACAUAUAUAUGUAUAUAUAUAGCUUCAAUGCAGGUAACUUAAAAGUUGACCCGUCAUUGGAUCUGACAACAGACUUCAUCGACAUUCACACACAUACACACACAUGCAGACACACACCCUGCUUUAGUCUUCCUAGUGUGAACGCACACUUGGCCACCGCAGCAGCUGACUGAGCACAUGAGACGUUUAUAGUUUUGUAUCGUUUUCUUCUGGCUUUUACUGUAUGUAGAUGUCAUUUUUGACACUUGUGCUCUGUGCCAGGCCAUCCCAUUGCACAGCUGCCACUACAUUUUGUGUGUGCAUGUGUGAGUGAGAGUGUGUGUGUGUGUGUGUGUGUGUACACAGCCACGUUUGCUUGUCCAGCCAGUCACUUGACACUACAAGGAGUCAGAGACCCCUAAAAGCCCAACACGUUGCAUUUAAGGUUGAAUCCUGUCACUUUAAGAUAUACAGUUUUGAAAAUGCCACGACAUACGUCGAUCGCAACAUUUAGAUUUUGGUUUACUCUUAAUGCUUGGAAACACAAGAGUUUACUGAUAGUGAGAGCGGCUACAGAGCUCCUGGACUUUGCGCUUGAUGUUUUCAGGCCUAAUUUGAAAUCACCACAUUUUUAAGGUUGCAAGUAUCUCAUUACGAAGCAGAACCAGAGCACAGUUUUUAAGUGUCUCGCUCCUCCAAACAAAAUCUAUGUGAUAGAUUCAGAGGCCAAAAUCCUUGAUGUAGCUAACAGGAUUAUGUGACUUUAUUUUGGCUGAUCAAAGCUGUAUUUUCUUUCUUUUUCUCCUUUUCUUUUCUUUGGAAAUGUAAACCCAGGAAGAGAUAAUAUUUAACAUGUCAGUUAUCUUCAGUUUGGAUUGCAGAAAUGUGCACUUUUGCCUUCACAAAUGUUAUGAUAAUUUUUUAAAAAAGAAAAUACAAUUUCACUCUUAUUUUUCUCACUGUACUUUUGGUUUUAAUUCAAGCCCUCUCACUGUCUGCCUGUAACAAUGUGAAUUUAUUUAUCACAGAGAUGGAGCAGGGCAAACACCUCUAGUUUCUUUUGUUAUAUUGGAAAGUCUUAAUGCACUGAGCACAUUUUUAUGUUCAUUUUAUGUUUAUUUUCUAUUCUCUUUGGUUACCUUACAUGUCCUCUUUUGUACUUUUGUGCAUUUUUGGAAGAAAAACCCUGCUGAAGGAAGAGUUUUAUCUUGUGAAAUAUGAAUGAAGAGGACGCGUUGUGGAGUUUUUAAACCUGUCGUGUCUAAUUGUGACUCACUUUUUAUGACAGUGCUGUAUGCACAUGCCUUUUUCGGAAGGAAAGUACAUUAAAUACGCUUCAAAGAAACUACAUACAAUGAGUCACACGUUGUAUCCUGUAAGUCCUCUGAGGUUUGAGCAUAUUUAAGGAUUUGCCAUGUACAGAAGCAGAGGAUAAUAUGUAAAUAUGUGAUAGAUCAAGGCAUUUACAAGUUGUCUGUUGCAUUCCUCAUCUGAGAUGGCAGAAAAAAAGUUAUGUAUGUAUGCAUUUUUUGUGUGUGGGAGGAACGCAAUGGGUAUUGAAUGUAACAUGCAUCAAUUAAAACUAUU